AUGGCACAAAAUGAAACAAAUCUCUUUUCGGAAAUAUUAAAAUCAAUAAACCUUGGUGACAUGAUCCUCGCCUUCUGUUUGUCUGUGCUCGUGGGCUUGCUGCUGGGCACCUUGGUCUACAUCCUGCUGACCUGGGCCUCCAGGCGACGGGCUACAGCCAGGAUCACCAGGCGCUCCAAAAAGAAAUCAGGCACUUUGCAAACACGGGACCCCAUGGGCAACCAGCUGGGUCUCUACAGAAGCACUUUUCUGGGAGUCUACAGGCAGCCGUCUUUAGAGCCAGUGGGCCCUUUGGGGAGUAAACCCUCCGCAGAGACGUCCACUUUUCGUCCACUACCCAAGAAGAGCAGGCCUGGUCUGAACUUGGCAAAUGACGCUCAAGUAACUAUGUCAGAGGACACCGUGGCUUCAGACUCGUCUGAUUCAGCAUCCCUGGUGCCGAACAAAAGACACUCCUUCUGGUUGGGCAGCAAUGGCCUUAAAGGAUUCCUUCCUUCACACACACCCCCUCCUGCAUACGACAGCGUCAUCCAUGCCUUUGAGGAGACAUACACUUAAAACUGAUAA